AUGGCAAAGAGAAACUGCGUCGUUAUUCUGUCAUCGGAAGAUGAAGACGGUACUUAUAACGCUCAUUCGUCGAGUUCGAGUCGCAGCUAUACGAAGCCGAAGUCGAAGUCGAGGUCCACCUCAAUCUCCUCUCGGGGAAGGAAGAAGGCUCGUGCUUGGCAUUCUCGUUCUCACCUCUCCAAACUGCACGAGAUAGACUUGUUUGGAGAUGACUUCAAUGAAGUGUUUACUGGGUCAAAGGUAUCCGCUGGUACUCAAAGGAGUUUUGCAGAGGAGCUAUGGGUUGAUAAAUACAAGCCCCAUUCACCGGAAGAGCUUGCUGUUCACAAGAAAAAGGUUGAAGAUGUUAAGAUGUGGUUUGAAGAGAGGUUGAGACCUUCCAAGGGUGUCUACACUAAUAAUGUUCUCCUCAUCAGUGGUCAGGCCGGAGUUGGAAAAUCUGUAUGUAGCACUACCUUCCUCAUUUGGCCUCUUUCAUGUACUGGCUGUGCCACUCAGGAGAAUUUGGAAAUGUUAAUAUUUGGAGCAUUAGGCUUCUGUGGCUUGGUGUCAAAAUCUUCUCUUUUAUCUAUGUUUGUUUUGGCAGCUAUUCAUGUAAUCGCAUCUCAUCUGGGAGCAAUAGUUUAUGGGUGGAACACACCUACACCUGUAAUUUGGCAGGAACAUCUUUAUAAUUCUGGUACAGGGACACAAUACUCGUCCAAAUUGGAUGAAUUUGAAAGUUUUGUUGAGAGAGUACGAAAAUAUGGAUUAUUGCUAACUUCCAAUACUGGGGAGUCAAAGCCUUCCAUCAUACUUGUAAUAGAUGAUCUUCCAAUGACUAAUGGGAAAUCUGCUUUUGGAAGACUUAAAAAUUGCUUGCAACUUUUGGUGAAUUCAACUCGGAUACCCACAGCAAUAUUGUUAACUGACUAUGGAAAUGCUGACUCAGUAGAUUAUAAUGCUCGUUGCCUGGAAGAACUGAAGCUAUCUCUGGAGAGUUCUGGGGCUUGUAAGGUUGCUUUCAAUCCAAUUACAGCGAAUACUAUGAAGAAGAUACUUUUAAGAAUAUGCCAAAUGGAGCAGUGUGAUGUGACUGCUGAGUAUGUUGAUCUAAUAGCAAAAACAAGUGGGGGUGACAUCAGACAUGCAAUCACUUCUUUACAGUUUUUCUGCCUGAAACCAAAUCUAAUGCAUUCUUUGGCCCUUUUCCCCCCAGCAACUUGCUCUCAUGGUUCAUUGAAAGAGGAAAGUAAUAAACCUGUUAUAUCAGAUGAUGGAUAUUCAUUGCACUUUGGCAGAGAUGAGGCAUUAUCUUUAUUUCAUGCUUUGGGGAAAUUUUUGCAUAAUAAAAGGGAGACUGGAGGUGGAACAGAAUAUGAUCAUGGAUUUGUUAUUUGUGAAAGACUUUCAAGAUUACCAUCAAAAAUGGAUGUCCCCGAGAAGAUUCUUUGUCAAGCCCAUGUGCAACCUGGUCCAGUUGCUGAUUUUCUGCAUGAAAAUGUUCUGGAUUUUUUGGAUGAUGAGGCAAUAGAUGACGCAUGGAUUCUGUCUUCAUAUCUAGGUGAUGCUGACAUUCUUCUUGCUAAACUCCGAGGAAUGCUAUGUAGUUAUAACGAGGCAGAGGGUAUUUUACAGUCAGCUGCUGCAUCUAUAGCUGUUCGCGGGGUUCUAUUUGGAAAUUCUCAUCCACUACCCUCCAGGUGGCAUGCAGUUCGGCGACCAAAGCUCUGGCAAGUUGAGAAAGCAUCAUUGUACAAGAAUGAAGUGGAUAGACUCAGAAUCCCUGCCCGUAAACGGUUUAGUUCUUAUCACAUGUCAAUUAUGGCCACUGAGUACAUGCCCAUGCUUAAAUUGCUGGGAAAUAGAGCAUGUGGUGAUUAUCACGAACCAAGUCAGAAAUCAUCAAGGGGCUUGGAAAUGGAAGACUUUGAUUUUAACAAAAUGGAUUUAGAUGAACAAUCUAGGAGCAUUUCUGAUGAUGACAUAGAAGAUUGGUAG